GUGAAGAUUGCUUGCCCUUGCGUUUCUGAGGGCAGAUCCUGCCAGAGUAGGCCACUCUUCGACUCAUACAGCACGCAACUUCUCAUACUUUCCGCUCAACUCCACAGGCUUAUUGACGCAACAUGGCUUCGAGCAGAUCCUGUGCCACCUUCGGCAAUGGUGGUUUCCCUUUUCGUGCAUGGCCAUGGAGCCCACCCACUGAGGCGGAUAUCGUCUCUUUCAUAUAAAAACUGCCACUGGAAGACCCUGACGAUGAUAAAACUCGUGUUUGGAGCUACAAUACCGACGUCAAUGGCACACAGUUCGCUUAAAUUCUUAUCGGUAACGCGAUUGCCACGACUUUGGGGAUCAGUGGUCAAGAAUUCAAUCCCGAUUUCUUCAGCAUCCACGAUCACUACAAGUUCAACUACUCAUUUCGCGCGCUCAGUGCGACAUUUUCAUUCACCACCACAGCGGAUGAGCAGAGCUAUGCCACGGGCACGCAGACAUUCUCACAUGAUCAACAAUAAGAGGCAGACGAUUGAUUUUUUCAACUUCACGUACGCACCCACCCCAGUGUUCAUAAGCAAUGAGGGAUAUGACUUCUUCUGGAGCAUCCUAGCGAAGGCCGGAUGGUUGAGCUGCCAAAACUUGAAACAGAUGUCACUGAGAAUGUCAACUGCUAAACACUUCAACCCUCCAGAAUUUGGGUCCUCAUGUAACCGCUUCGUCGCAGAUUCAGUGACUGUGACCGACUAGCUUGUGAUGAGCGCCCUACAGGCUGACGUUGAUACAUUGUAGCAGCGUCUCUCGGCUUUGACUGGCAGAGCCUCGCUUCCACCGGACCUUUCCCUGGGC